UAUAUGUUUUAUUUUUAUUUAAUUAUUGUUUAAUUUUUUAACAUUUCCUCUGUCAUAAGGUAUACUUGAUUACUUCUCGUGACAGAUUGUGAUGUCAUUUUAUUUAGUGUCGUCAGCCUGCCCCAUUACAAUCCGAAUUUGUUUAUUGACAUGCAACAAUGACAUUCCAAGACAGGUCCGUUCUAAAGGAAAACGCUUGCCUUAUGUUGUUCAUUUAGUUGUGAGUGAUCGACUAUAGAACUGCAGUAGAGACAUGGGGACCGAGGAGCAUCGCGCCUCUCACCACAACCUUGUCCAGGAGAGAUACCUCCCCAGAGCAGAGGUAGUGCGAUCCAAACUCAUCCAAAGCUUCUAUUUGAUUGAUCAGCUUCAGGAGGGUCAGCGAGGCACUCCGAAAUAUUGCAUCAAGGAUGUAUUUGACUCAACCACCCUUAAUGGAAAGGAUUCCCACCAGCUAGUGCGCUUUGAGAUAACCCCUCAGAGGGACCACAUCGUCACUAUGGAGGACCGCAGACGAAGUCGCCUGAAAAAUCGCUACACAAGUUUACCACCUCUCAACAUGUUUUCCCACUGGAUCAUUCAAAGUAGACAUUUUUCAAAUAUUAUUGUUGCACUCAUUAUCUUAAACACGAUUAUAUUAGAGAUUCAAGCAGAGAUAUUUGACAACGGGGACCCAAAUCUGGAGGUCUUGAAAUUAGUUUUGGACAUUAUGGACUGGAGUAUCCUGGCCAUUUUCUUCUUGGAGAUCCUGCUUAAAUGGUUGGACAAUUUCAAACAGUUUUGGAGGAGCACUUGGAACAUCUUUGAUUUUGUAGUCACAGUCUUGUCGGUCCUCCCUGAAAUCAUAAGAACUAUUGGAGUUGCAAACAAAGAUCAGAUACAGUUUGUGGAGCACCUGAGGAAGUUCCGCAUCCUACGAGCUCUAAAGAUGGUGUCCAAAUUUCGAUCGAUUCGACUCAUUGUGUUAACAGUCUCCAAAGCAUUUAAGGCCAUGUCUUUCAUCUUUCUGCUUCUAUUGGUGUUUGCUUACAUUUUUGCUGUGGUUGGAGUCAUCCUGUUCCAAAGUUACACACGCUCUGAUGUCUUGGGUCUAGUAUACCAUGACAGUUUCAAGGACAUCACCAACUCCUUCAUCACUCUUUUUAUUCUCUUCACUCUGGAUCACUGGUAUGCCAUUCUGGCUGAUACACGAAAGGUUCCAGAGAUGGACCCAAACAUCUGUGGAGUUUACAUCAUCUUGUGGCUCAUCAUUGGGGCUGUUAUAUUUCGCAACAUUUUUGUGGGGAUUCUAGUGAAUAAUUUCCAGGCCAUAAGACAAGAUCUAUCAAGAGAAGUGCACCAAAUUGAGAAUCAGCAAAAGGCUGACCACUUCAAAGCACAGAUCAUUAACAGGAGAAAAAGUCAGUCACUGCUUCCAAACUUAACACAAAUAACAGAAGAGGAUGAGGAUGAGGAUGAGGAAGAAGAUACUCUUUCAAAUAUUAAUGUGUAUAGUACAAAUGACAAGGAUUGGGAGACCUAUGUGGAGGAGAACAUGAUGGUGAUGCAGGAACAGGAGGUUGAUGAGCAGGUCUUCUGGCCCAGGGACUCCCUCUUCAGAUACUUUGAGCUACUGGAGAUGCUCCAGCACAACCUGGACGUUAGGACACGCCUGCAGAGUUUGGCAGCUCAAGCAAUCCUCAAUCUACACGACUCCUAAGAAAUGAAGACACACUGUCUUUUAUUCUGAGUAAAACCAUACAUUGCAUAGCUGACCAUGAAGUGUCAGUGAAACAACAUGUUUGGCCUUUGAACAGCAGAGGGCGCUAUCUCUCAAACCUUGAGGCUCUGAAUAAUAGGGGUUUGUGUAUAUGAUUCCGUUUUUAUUAUAUGAUAGUAAUUAGCAGAACUUCCCUGACUGAGGUCACAAGACCUUGAGGGCCUCUUGAGUGAAAACAACGAAAUCCUUAGCAGGUCAGAAACCUAUUCUUCAUUUAUUGUGGGUUAGAUAGUCCUCGUCAUGGAUCUUUGCUCAGCAUUACCCACCAUGACUGUCAGUUACCCAUUUUAAUCCCUCUAAUGAAGAGACCAGGCAUCUUGCCUGUUAUGGAAGGGAAAACUCUGCUGAAGGCUAUUUGACCUCACUCAUAUAUGAUCACUGAAACCAGAGUUUCCCAGUCCUGGUCCUUUGCACCCACAGCACAGCAUGCUUUAGGUCUCUGCUGGGGCUAAGCACACCUGAUUAAAUAAAUCAGGCAAUAUGUAUGACAUGUGUAACAUGCAAUUGGCUUACGCAUUCGUGAGGGAAAAGAUAGCCAAAAGCACAGAUAAAUAUAAAAUUGAGUGUUGUGGUUGCCCAAGAGUAGCGGGAUGCAUUUGCUAACAGUGGUGAGACGGAUGGGACAUGUGCUGAUUAACAUUACUGAUUGAUAAUAUACUGAUCAACAUUACUGAUUGAUAAUAUACUGAUCAACAUUACUGAUUGACUAUAUACUGAUCAACAUUACUGAUUGACAAUAUAUGGAUCAACAUUACUGACCGAUAAUAUAGUGAUCAACAUUACUGAUU